AUGUCGAAACCCGAAGUCGAGUCUCUGGAGCAUUGUAAUGAUACUGAAUCUCUCAGUGAAGAACACAAACAGUAUCUUCUUGAGCGCCAUGGCACCAUCAAUCUCGACCCCGUCCCUUGCAUGAGCGAUGCCGACCCCUUAAACUGGCCCAAGUGGAAGAAAAUUGCAAACCUCUGUCUUGUCGCAUUCCACGGAAUGAUGGCAACCUUCACCGCCGCGGCGAUCCAGUCAGCUUUUAUUGAAAUUGCAGAAGACCUUGAAGUAAGCGUACAGCGAGCGAGUUACCUCACAUCUCUUGUUAUCGCAAUACUAGGUGGUGCACCACUAUUUUGGCGCCCACUCUCGCAUACCUACGGCCGACGUCCGACCUUUCUAGUAUCACUUCUUUGCAGCCUUGUCGGUAAUAUUGGCUGUGCGGUUAGUCCUACUUACGGGACGAUGGGCCUCUGUCGAGCGAUAACUGCCUUCUUCAUCUGCCCUGCCGCAUCUAUCGGAACCGCUGUUGUGUCCGAGACAUUCUUCCGAAACGAAAGGGCGCGAUAUAUGGGUGUCUGGACUACAAUGGUGACGCUUGGCGUUCCUGUUGCUCCCCUCAUCUUUGGGUUUGUUGCUAUGAGGACUGGCUAUCGAUGGAUCUACUGGAUUCUUGCCAUGACCAACGGUGCUCAGUUUAUUCUCCACGGCCUGUUUGGACCCGAAACCCGGUUCGAACCGGGUAUCCAAUCGCAAGCAAACUCUUCAUUCCGACAACAGUACCUCAGUUUCCGCCGUAUAGAUCCCAAACCGCUAAAGCUGAAGGACUUUAUACAUCCUCUGGGCUUCAUCAGGUUCCCCAACGUUGUCGUUCCGACUGUGGCACAUGCCAUGGUAUUUCUCUGGGGCAGCGUCAUGACAACCUUUGAGAUCCCUCAAGUUUUCCCCGAGAAAUUUGGAUUCAAUACCCAACAAGUCGGCCUUCAGAACAUUGGUAUAAUUAUUGGAACGAUCGCUGGAGAGCAGAUUGGCGGCAUUCUAUCCGAUAAAUGGAUGGGACUACGCGAACGCAAGGGCAAGCGGCCGGAACCAGAAUACCGUCUAUGGUUAAGCUACAUGGGUUACUUGACAGCAAUUUGUGGCGUGGUAGUUUUCCUAGUGCAACUCGACCGAGCAUCGGACACGUGGGAUGUUACCCCUAUCGUCGGGGCAGGCAUCGCGGCAGCAGGGAACCAGAUCGUCACGACCAUCAUGAUCACAUAUGCCGUGGAUUGCUAUCCCAGAGAUGCUGCGGCGGUAGGCGUCUUCAUCACUUUCAUCCGCCAAUGUUGGGGAUUCAUUGGUCCAUUCUGGAUACCCCAGAUGGUCGAAAGCCCCGGCCUUAGUCUAAGCGCAGUAAUCUCUACGGCCACGAUAGUAGCAGCAGCAGUACUACCUACGACGCUGUUGCAGUUCAAAGGAAGACACUGGAGAACGCAGGGCACGAGAAACUAG